AUGGCGAAAUAUAUAGGAGCCCCGUUGGCAAUUUGCGCUAUAAUUUUGCAGUUUAUUGGAUUCAUUGACGCAUUGGAGUAUGAUUUCAGAAAUUUAAUGAGUUCUUUGGAUGCCAAUCCCCUAGUUGCAUUCCACAUAAACAUGGAUCACAUUGGCAUUGCAACUCUGGCAUGCCCACGUCAUGUCAACGGUACUGAGUAUGUAUGGCAUCCCCAACCAACCGCUGAUCAUGGCGCCAGUCUCAAAACCUAUGUGAUUGAAGACGGCAAGUUUCACUCCGUCCCUUUUUCGAAGGUAGUGGUCACCGAAGUACAACGGUCAUAUGCUUGGAAAGUGUCAAACGACUCGCAAACAGAGUUGCAUAUCGAUGUAGUGGAUGACCAUAUAUAUGCCAUUACGGAAGGACGUUUGGCGUUCAUUUGUGGUCCUAGGGAUUUGGUAUUGAGUGGUGCGCUGCAAGGCCAACUUGCUCGCCUACGGGAGAUUUAUGAAAGAGAAGAUCAUUUAUCUAAUCCAACCACGCUAUUGGUUGACCAAAUAUCCGAACCAGGUAGAAGUAUAGGGGUGGCAUAUUUGCACAGAGGCCUCAAGCACAAACUUCUGCAGGGCUGUGGAAGCCGCCCCUCGAAACUCUUUGCUCCAGAUAAUGACGUGGCUGUAGACCCUGUCACUGGCACACGUUCUUGUGUAGUAGAUCCUAUGUCGACAUUACGCACUGGUUUCGUUUGCCAAGGGCGUAUUGAACCUGAUGAUUGCAUGAGGUAUCUCUUGAACAGGACGGGCAGAGUUGUGACUGCUCCUACACCACAUUUAUAUAGGAAUUUAAAUAAUCGUGGAAAAUGGGUUGUAGCGAGAUAUUUUAAUGACGUCGCAUUACCCCGCUUCAACGGCGAAUGCCGGUGCAUAGAUCCUGUGACUGGUCACGUGAAGGCAAGGAUGGAAAUCCGUUGGAAAACUGAAUACGUGUGUGACAUAGCUAGCAUGAUUGCCCGUAACAGAGUCAAGCCUAUUAGUGGCCCCUGGUGUUCAGUUAUGCUACAUCCGGGUGCUACGUUGACCAUAAAGUUGCCAAAACAGACAGUUAAGUCGACUGCUAUCGGCGAUGAAUACAUAGAAGAUGUUGACGAUAUUGACGAGGAUGCUUUGAGAGUCCCAUACUCGCAACUUCCAUCUACACAUGCAUAUGAAAGUGAAUUCAAGCCGGACACAAAGUUGACGCUACGCCAAAUACAAACAAUUUAUGACGUCGAUCUAUACGACGAAAUCGUGGCCAACAAAGCCUUCACUUGCGACGUUAUCGAGGUAGAUGUUUCACAAAAGGAGAGAGGAGAGGUGAAGCUAAAGUACCGUAUGGACAGGCCUCUGGCAUUACGAAGUGGGCACAACUCGUUCUUAUAUCAUUGGACAGUCAUAUCUAGAAACGAAUACAUUAUCGAAAAGAUACGCGCUGUGGUGAACGUCUCAUUUGCGCCUACUUAUCGCUACAAUAUUAUUGGUUGUGACAGAUGGAGACCAAGUAUGUUUGAUCCGGAAAAGGAUAUUGGCUCUCACACAAUUAGAGACAUGCGGAAUGGUAUGGCGUUAACAUCUGAAUGGCUUUUAAAUGUCGUGAGCGGCGAGGAACAAGCUGGCAUUCGAUGCGGACCCAAUGAGGAGCUGCUUCCAAACAAUUGCGAGUCCACAGGAUACGAUCUUUCCUCCAAUCAGAUUGCGCCAUUUCCUACAGCUGUGCGCAAUGCCACACUUUACCCAGUUCGAGGAUUUCAGGUAUUAGCCAUGAGCUUCCAAAAUGUGCCCGUCAGUCACGCUUGCAGUUGUGUUGAUGAACAUGGACACGAGACAUCCAGACUUAUUUUGAGAUCCAACCGUAGUGAAGAGUACACGUACACAGUACGUCGUGAAGAGGCAUAUCAAAGGUUGCUGCCUUACUCAUUACUGCCCUGGAGUGAGGUAGAAUAUUUACACUACCAUCACGCUUAUAUUCAAUCAGUAAUUCUACACAACACACCCCAGAUACCUAUAAAACUGCAGUCGGGCACAGAAAUCUUCAUGCGGUGCGUUAUGGAUGAAGCGUCGUACGACGAUGGGAAUAACGCCAAUGCACUACCUAUCUGGUUACCAUAUUAUAUUCGAUUCAACCAUUACAAAGCAGAUACGACAACAGAAGGACCUAUGCUAAUUCCAAUGCCAAACGAAGAUAGAAUCGCUGGCACAAAAGGUGGACUAGACAUCUUUAUGCCAGAAUAUACAGACGAAUAUAGUGAUUUGAUCAUCAAAUCCAAUAGCGGCGCAAUUUUGGUAUCUAGGGAUCCAGAUUACUCGGAGUACGUGCCAAUGACAUUUGUUUGCGGCAAGGAGCUAUCAGAAUCAGACUUUGAUCAAAUCAACGAUGGUGCACAUGGAGCUACUCUCCCCCACGCUUUAGCGCCGUUAGAGGAAUACACGUGGAACGUAGUUCAAAUUGACGUAGAGAUGACGGACCCAUACAUACAAGGGUGCGGAAUUACAGACUCAAGAGAUAAGUUAUUCAAGCCUGAGACACCCAAAAUAUACAAUUCGGAAGGGAAGGCAAUCGGUUGCAAGAUAGACCUUCAGACUGCGGGUGAGGCAGCGUUCUAUUGCCCAGUACCGUACGUCCUGGACCCACCCAGCUGUUUCAACCAAGUUUACGUUGAGGAUGAAGUGAAGAACUUGAGUGAUAUCAGCCAGUCUUUGGUAGCAUCACAUUCCAAUCACUUUGUUAUCCUGCGGUUCGACAGUGAUAGUGUGGGACCUGGGGAGGGGCUGCGCAAGACACCGCCGUUGGAGUGCCGCUGCGUCACCACCAAGGGCAUCGUUCUCUCCAGGAUUCACGUAGAAAGCUACUACUCCGAGUGUUAA